AUGAUGAUAUUUAUGCUUGGCAUUCAGUCUACGUCUUUUGUAGAAAGUCAGAAUGUAUGUAUCAAGCGAGUGUUGAAAAAUAGCAAUACAUCAUUAUGUGAUCUAGGUAAAGUGUUAAUGGAGCGAGGUAGAGAGGAACAAAAAAGAAAGCAGUUUGAGGAGUGGAAAAGGAAUAUUCCUUCUAUGGUAAAUACAACCACCAUUUUUUCUACAAUCAAGCCUUUAGUUAAGCAUUAUUUGAGACCGAAUAUUGUGCAUUUUUUAUUAGAACAAAUGAAGGAAAGCUUAUACUAUACUGCUCAUCAUGCUACAAUUGAAGAAAUUGAGUUGCUUAUCUCUUAUGAACCUUUACAAAAUGAAGAUAUAGAUGAUGAGCCUAACGCAGUUAUUUUGUGUGCUAUGUAUUUGUUGGAGCAUUUAGAACAAAACUCGAUCAUGGAGAUCUGGAAAAUAUCAAGAGUUACAAGCUAUGGGAUCAACCAUUUCAUAUUUCUUCUUGCAGAUGGUUCAUAUAGUUGUACUUGCCUUUUGCAACAAAAGCAAGGGCUUGUGUAUCGUCAUUUUUACCAUCUUCUAAAUAUUACUGAUAAGGUACAAUUUAGUUUACAAUUGAUUGCACCACAUUGGAUUUCUAAACAUCAAAGGUUAGAUACAGCAAAAGAAUGCACACAUUUUGGUCAACAUUUCAAUAAUAUGCUCUUUUAUGAAGAAGUUUGGGGUCUUGCACAUACUGCUAUCAAUAAAUGUAUGUUAUAUCGUGAUAAUGAGUUUGUUUCUUUAAUUGAAGAUUAUCUGAAUAAAGUUAGUGCUAGAGAGGAGGAAUUGAUCAGAGCACAAGAAGACAUGACUAGUGCUUCAACUAAUCAAAAUGAUAACACAGAGAUUAGUACGAUUCAACUUGUGAAUCCCCGGAAGGUGGCUGUUAAGGGACGACCAAAGGCAGUACAUCAUCAUAAUAAGAAUAUCACAAAGGUUACAUCACAGGAAGCAAGUAAGAAAAAACGUGGGCAAUAUACUUGUGGAUAUUGUAAAGAAGCAGGUCACAAUAUUGCGACUUGUCCGAAUAAAACAUAA